AUUUCUCCCACCACCGAUGCAUUUAUGCAGAGAGUUGGACGUAUUCCAUAGGCAACACUUACUUUGCCACUCCGCCGCUGCUUCUUGCAUCAAUUCCGUUCCAUUAACCUUCCAUGCUUCACCCAGAAACCUCCUCAAUUCUCUGCUGAUCUUCAAUCCUGCGUCCCGUUGCAGCGCCAAAGCUGUUGCAAGGGGUGCUCUACUUCACUCGAUCAGGAAGACAGCAGCUAAAAGGAAGUUGGUUGAUCGAAGACCAAUAGUAUUAUCGAUGAUGGCUGGGCAUGAGGGGACACCAUCAAGUUCUGAGGUGCGAUCUGGCAAGAUGAUCUUUGAGCCAAUUCUCGAGGAGGGGGUUUUCCGGUUUGAUUGUUCUGCAGAUGACAGAAAUGCUGCGUUUCCAAGCUUCUCUUUUAAAAACCCAAAUGUUAGGGACACGCCCCUUAUGAAUGUCCAUAAGAUUCCAACCUACACUCCCAAUUUUGAAUGUGCAAUGGGACAACAGGUUGUCACUUUUGAGUUUCCACCAAAUACCUCGUUUUAUGGGACUGGAGAAGUAAGUGGGCAGCUUGAGCGAACAGGGAAGAGGAUUUUUACCUGGAACACUGAUGCUUGGGGAUAUGGCGCUGGAACAACUUCAUUGUAUCAAUCACAUCCUUGGGUUCUAGCGGUUCUUCCAGAUGGUCAGUCGAUAGGUGUUCUUGCAGAGACAACUCGACGCUGUGAGAUUGAUUUGCGGAAAGAAUCAAAUGUAAAGAUCACAUCUUCAUCAGCCUAUCCUGUCAUCACAUUUGGUCCAUUUGCUUCACCAACAGAACUUUUUAUCUGUUUCUCACGAGCAAUUGGAACUGUUUUUAUGCCGCCCAAGUGGUCCUUGGGGUAUCAUCAAUGUCGUUGGAGUUAUGAUUCUGAUGCUCGAGUUCGCGAGAUUGCAAGGACAUUUCGUGAAAAAAGUAUACCUUGUGAUGUUGUAUGGAUGGACAUAGAUUACAUGGAUGGCUUCCGCUGCUUCACCUUUGAUAAGGAGCGGUUUCCAGAUCCUAAAUCUCUGGCAGAUGAUCUUCACCAAAUUGGGUUCAAAGCAAUCUGGAUGCUUGACCCUGGAAUUAAAAAUGAAGAGGGCUAUUUUGUUUAUGAUAGUGGCUCCAAAGAAGAUGUCUGGAUCCAAACUGCAGAUGGAAAACCUUUUGUUGGCGAUGUAUGGCCUGGGCCAUGUGUGUUCCCGGAUUUCACACAAGCAAGUACCCGCUCAUGGUGGACUAAUCUGGUUAAAGACUUUUGCUCUAAUGGUGUAGAUGGCAUAUGGAAUGAUAUGAAUGAACCUGCUGUCUUCAAGACUGUGACAAAGACAAUGCCUGAGAGCAAUAUUCAUAGGGGAGAUCCAGAACUUGGAGGUCAUCAGAACCAUUCACACUAUCACAAUGUUUAUGGCAUGCUGAUGGCCAGAUCUACAUUUGAAGGAAUGAAGCUAGCAAAUGAACAAAAACGUCCAUUUGUUCUGACUCGAGCUGGGUUUGUGGGGAGCCAAAGGUAUGCUGCAACAUGGACUGGAGACAAUAUUUCUACUUGGGAGCACCUCCACAUGAGCAUAUCCAUGGUUAUUCAAUUGGGACUGAGUGGCCAACCACUCUCUGGACCAGAUAUUGGUGGUUUUGCUGGUAAUGCGACACCAAGGCUGUUUGGAAGGUGGCUUGGGGUUGGUUCCAUGUUUCCUUUUUGCCGUGGACAUUCUGAGACAGACACUAUUGAUCAUGAGCCAUGGUCUUUUGGGGAAGAGUGUGAAGAAGUUUGUCGACUAGCAUUGAGGAGGCGAUAUCGACUAUUGCCCCAUAUAUACUCUCUCUUUUACAUGGCACAUACAUUGGGUGUUCCAGUGGCGACUCCCACAUUUUUUGCUGAUCCCACGGAUUUGGAGUUACGAACUCAAGAAAAUGCAUUUCUCUUGGGAUCACUUCUCAUAUACACAAGCACGGGAGAAAAUCAGGAGUUAUACCAAGAGCAGCACAAGUUACCAAAAGGCAUCUGGUCCAGUUUUGACUUUGACGACACUCACCCAGAUUUGCCUGCAUUAUAUCUUAACGGUGGAUCCAUUAUUCCCGUGGGCCUUCCCUAUCAGCAUGUUGGAGAAGCUAAUCCGACGGAUGAUUUAACCCUUUUGGUGGCUUUGGAUGAAUAUGGUAAAGCUGAAGGUAUUCUGUUUGAGGAUGACGGUGAUGGGUAUGAGUACACAAGAGGAGGAUAUCUGCUAACAACAUAUGCUGCCGAAAAGCAGUCCUCUGCUGUCAUUUUGAAGAUUUCAAAAACUGAGGGAUCUCUGAGGAGGCCAAACCGUCGCCUACAUGUGCAACUACUGCUUGGCAAUGGUGCAAUGGUUGAUGUGUGGGGUAAUGAUGGAGAGAUUGUGAAAAUUCCACUUCCUUCAGAAAGUGAAGUAUCAGAUUUAUUGAUAUCCAGUGAAAAGCGACUCAAGGCUCGUCUAGAGAGUGCUAAACGAAUUCCCACAUUGGACAAUGUUUCUGGACAUAAGGGAACAGAGCUAUCAAGGACACCUGUAGAAAUAAAAUCUGGGGAAUGGGUUCUUAAAGUUGUUCCAUGGAUCGGUGGUAGGAUUCUUUCCAUGGCGCAUCUUCCUUCAGGCAGGCAGUGGCUUCAUAGUCGAGUCGAUAUUGAUGGCUAUGAAGAGUACAGUGGCAUUGAGUACAGAUCAGCCGGAUGCACAGAGGAGUAUUCUGUGGUUGAGAGGGAUCUUGAGCAGGCAGGAGAAGUGGAAUCACUGCAGUUAGAAGGUGAUAUUGGUGGCGGCAUAAUUCUUGAACGCCGAAUUUCCAUCCCGAAAGACAACCCAAAAAUUUUCCGGAUUGACUCCGGCAUUGUAGCUCGAAAAGUUGGUGCUGGAUCUGGAGGAUAUUCAAGGCUGGUGUGUUUGCGAGUGCACCCGACAUUCAGUUUGCUGCACCCUACAGAGACAUGUGUUAGGUUCACUGCCAUUGAUGGAUCCAAACAUGAGUUUUGGCCAGAAUCGGGUGACCAGGUGUUUCAAGGGGACAGUCGACCCAAUGGGGAAUGGAUUCUUGUGGACAAAUGUGUAGGCUUAGGACUGGUGAACAGGUUUGAUGCGAGGGAGGUGUUCAAAUGCAGGAUCCAUUGGGGGACGGGAACAGUGAACCUGGAGCUCUGGUCGGAAGAGAGACCGGUAUCCAAGGAAUCCCCGCUCAAAGUGUCCCAUCACUACCAGGUAAUAACCACCGCUGCCUAAAAUGAUGGCUGAUGAAUGAUAAUACACUCAUACAUACUAAGACUGCAUGGUGUUUGGUGUUCCAAUGUAGUAAUAAACAAUACUAAUACUCUAUACUAAUACUUGAUGUGUGCGGGUAUGGUAUAAUGUGGUGUUUUGUUGUUGGACAUUUCCAUUGAAUAAAAUGCGUAUGUGUAAUAAAUUAUUAAAUAAAUGUAUUUUUGACGUAUU